AGUAGUACGCGUAUUCCAAGUUUUGAACCGCGGAGACGUGACGAAUGACGUCAGAGCAGACAUCGCAGUUUAGAUGAUGGCACCUCUUUCCAGUUUGCAUGCGAUUCCUACCAUGGUAUUUCAGUAAUAUCUAUAAAAAAUCUCACGCAUUAUAAGAGACUGGAUCUUUCUCGAACAGCGUGCACCUGACGAUGCCACCCAAGAAGCUGAACCAGCAGACUCCCUCUGUCCCCGAAGAUGAGCUUAAGAACAUUGCCGCCAAAUCAGACAGUCCCGAAGACAAAUUAAAACAAGCAGCCGCCAGCGCCGAAUCUGCCCUUGCAUCCGCCAAAACCGCAUCUUCUCUCCGCGCUGCCGCCGAAACCAUCAAAGAUCCCACCAAGCGCGAAAAGUACCUGCGAGAUGCGUACGAGAAGGAAAUUGAGGCCCAUGGCAACAGCAAAAAGGCACGGAUGCUGAGCUCGGGUGCUUUCCAAGGAAGUGUGGGUGGUGGCGGUAUCGGCAUGGCUGUUGGAGCUGGACUGGGUACGGUUGUAGGAACGCUUGUGGGUACUGUCGCGACGAUACCUACGACGGCGGUGGGCACGCUUGUUGGGGCAGGUGUUGGCGGUGUACAUGGGCCGUGGAUAAAACUUGGGGGUAAAAAGGGGGAGAAAGAUAGUGAUGGUAAUGAUGUCAAGAAGGCGGAAGGGGAGGAUGGGGAGGAUGAUACGAAGGAGAAGAAGGUGGAUGAAGAGAUGGAAGAGCAGAUGGCGGGUGAAGAAGAUGGCAUACCGGACCCUGAGGCGCUGAGACGGGCUGCGGAGGAGAUUUCGAGGCAAAGGAAGGAGAAGGAGGGAGGGGAAGGAGGAGAUGGUGGGGUGAAGGAGAAGAAGAAACCGAGGAAGUUGGAGGUGAGGAGUAAAGCUGCUGCAUAGCAUAUGUUCCGAAGUAUGCAAAAGAAAAGAUGGAAUUGGUACUACUGCUGCUUCGCAAAACUCGAUUUCGAACUUACCUUCUUGCGUAAGGCUUUUUCUAAAAACUUCCGACUGCGGGUGUGCAGCUAUCGAUAUUGACGGGACAUCAUACCACUGUCUUGCUAGUGCUGGUCAGGAUAUAUG